AUGGCGCUCUUACAGCAUAAGGCGCUUGUCGACUAUGAAAAGCAACUAGAUGCGUUUCAGUCCUUCCUUGAGAAAUUCGAGACCUCCAAAACCUCCACAGACGCCGCCGCUGAAGCCAUCGAUGACCUCCACCUCGAUGGCGACCACACAAGCGAUGAGUAUGAUUUCAUGGACGAUGUGUCGGAUGGUCAUGGCAGCAACUCGAGACGGCGACCCAAGAGAAAGUAUUUGGAUAUGUUGCAAGAAGUUGCAGAUCGAGAGCGUCAGAAUAUCCUGGUAGAGCUGGAUGAUCUCCAAGAGUUCGAAGACACACUGCCUGCAGAGUUCAACCUGAGGCUGGUUGAGUCGGUGACAACCAACACCAAACACUAUGUCGACCUCUUCGCAAAUGCUGUGGACAAGGUCAUGCCCAAACCAAGCAAAGAAAUCUCAUUUAAGGAUGAUGUGCUGGACAUCAUCAUGGCGCAGCGCGCAAAACGAAACGAGACAGUGGCGUCGGCCAGAGAAGCAGACGCCGAAGCUGCGGUCCCUGUCUCGACAUUUCCUCCUGAAUUGACCAGGCGAUAUACGCUUAAUUUCAAACCCCUGACACCAACAGGUGCCGACAUUGCCAAAAAGACUCUCGCUGUAAGGCAGGUUCGAGGGGAGCAUCUAGGACAUCUCAUCACCGUGCGCGGCAUCACCACCAGGGUUUCAGAUGUCAAGCCGAGCAUCCAAAUACAAGCCUACACUUGCGAUCGAUGUGGAUGCGAAAUCUUUCAGCCUGUCUCGUCGAGACAAUUCACCCCGUUGCAGAUUUGCCCGUCAGACGAAUGCAAGGAGAACGACUCAAAGGGUCAACUAUUUCCAUCUACACGAGCAUCCAAAUUCAUGCCUUUCCAGGAAGUCAAGAUCCAGGAAAUGGCCGACCAGGUCCCAGUCGGCCACAUCCCAAGAACUCUAACGGUACACUGCAGUGGCAGUCUUGCACGACAAAUGAGUCCCGGAGAUGUCGUAGAUAUUGACGGCAUCUUCCUUCCCACCCCCUACACUGGCUUCCGAGCCAUUAAGGCUGGCCUGCUGACGGAUACAUACCUCGAAGCACAGAACAUUACGCAGCAGAAGAAAGCAUAUCAAGACCUGAAGAUGGAUCCUAGGAUCAUUCGCCGGAUCGAAUCUUUUAAAGCGACAGGACACAUGUACGAAUAUCUGGCUCGGUCGAUCGCCCCGGAGAUCUAUGGUCAUCUGGAUGUCAAAAAGGCGCUACUCCUACUUCUCAUCGGGGGUGUCACCAAAGAAAUGGGCGACGGCAUGCGGAUCCGUGGCGACAUCAAUAUCUGUUUGAUGGGUGACCCUGGUGUGGCCAAAUCGCAACUACUCAAGUAUAUUACGAAAGUUGCUCCUCGAGGCGUCUACACAACAGGGCGAGGAUCCAGCGGAGUCGGUCUGACAGCUGCCGUCAUGCGAGAUCCUGUGACGGACGAAAUGGUUCUUGAAGGUGGCGCAUUGGUGCUUGCCGACAACGGAAUCUGCUGUAUCGAUGAAUUCGACAAGAUGGACGACAGCGACCGAACAGCCAUCCAUGAAGUCAUGGAACAACAGACCAUUUCCAUCAGCAAAGCCGGGAUCACAACAACGUUGAAUGCUCGAACAUCAAUUCUGGCGGCAGCCAACCCCCUCUACGGUCGAUACAACCCUCGCAUCUCGCCCGUCGACAACAUCAACUUGCCCGCAGCCUUGCUGUCGCGUUUUGACGUGCUGUUCCUGAUCCUUGACACCCCCUCACGCGAAGGAGACGAGGAACUAGCCAACCACGUCUGCUACGUCCACAUGCACAACCAACACCCACAGCGAGAGGGCGAGGGUGUCGUUUUCGCGCCCGAGGAGGUGCGGCAGUACAUCGCGCAAGCACGAACCUUCCGACCUAACGUGCCCAAGUCGGUAUCUGACUAUAUGGUCGGCGCAUACGUGCGCAUGCGACAGCAGCAGAAACGCGACGAAGGGUCGAAGAAGCACUUCACGCAUACUUCGCCGCGGACGCUGCUGGGUGUAUUACGUUUGUCCCAAGCGCUUGCUCGACUGAGGUUCAGCAAUGAAGUGGUCACGGAAGACGUCGACGAGGCCUUGCGUCUGAUCGAGGUCUCCAAGGCCAGCCUGUACCACGACCAGCGCGGUCAGGGUGAUCAGACAGUGAGUUCGAGAGUUUACGAUCUCGUGCGCGGCAUGAGAGAGUCGGGCGCGGCGAGUGUCGGACGAGGCGCGAGAGGAGAGCUGAACCUGGCGCGUGUUCGGGAAUUGGUGUUGGCCAAGGGUUUCACGAUUGACCAGUUCCAAAGAACGAUUGAAGAGUAUGAGCUUCUGGAUAUCUGGCAAGUCGCGAACAACGGCACGAGAUUGGUAUGGAUCGAAGCCGGUGAUAGCGAUGACGAGAACAUGGAUGACGGUGAUGACGAGUGA